AUGUACAUGUUUUUGGGAAAUUUUUCUUUCCUGGAAAUAUGUUAUGUCACCACUACCGUCCCUCAAAUGUUGGCCAACUUCCUCUCCACAAGCAAGUCCAUCUCCUUUGUGAGUUGUUUUGCACAGUUCUACUUUUUCUUCUCCUUUGGGUGUGAUGAAGGCUUCUACCUUUGCAUCAUGGCCUUUGACAGGUGCCUUGCCAUCUGCCGCCCUCUGCAUUAUCCACGCAUCAUGACCAGACAGCUGUGCACUGGCCUCGUCAUCUUUGGAUGGUCAUGUGGGUUCAUCAUCUUCCUAACUCCAGUGGUUCUCAUUUCACAGUUGCCCUUCUGUGGCCCAAAUAUCAUCAACCAUUUUGUGUUUGAUCCUGUUCCAUUAAUGAUGCUGUCCUGUUCUGAAGACAGCACCACCCAGCUCGUUUACUCCACUUUCAACGCUGUCUUCAUGAUUGGCACCUUUCUCUUCAUCCUCUGUUCCUACGCUCUGGUGAUUCUGGCUGUACUACGGAUGCCCUCAGAGACUGGCAAACAAAAGGCUUUCUCCACCUGUGCUUCUCAUCUGACUGUGGUGUUCCUGUUUUUUGGCUCUAUUAUGGUGAUGUAUGUUAGCCCCAGAUCAGGACACCCAGUGGAAGUGCAAAAAAUUGUGACUUUAUUUUAUACUGUGAUAACACCCCUCUGCAAUCCUCUAAUUUAUAGCCUGAGGAACAAGGAGAUGAAGGCUGCUUUGAGGAAAGUUUUGGGGACAGAAAGACCUGUUCAUAAAACAUAA